AAUUUUUUAUGUUAUAAAAAAUAUUUAAAAUGUAUAAUUAUGGUAUAAUCUCUCAUCUCGGUAACUAUUUAGGAGAAUUCAACAAAAUGGCAACUAAUGACACUGUUCCGAUUGUAUAAUUGGUCGGCGGGAGAGACGACGGACGGCGGCUUCUCUCAACGGCGCCACCAGAGGAAAUUGACCGGAGAUAAUCAGAAGCCGAUAAUUGAGAUAUGGGAGUAACAACCUGAAGAUUCAAGGUUUGAGUCGAUGUUACAACACACAUGAGCUCAUUUCCUUUACUUUAUGAUUCCUGCAAGGCAUGGCUGCCAAACUGCCUUUACCGAGCUGUCCCACAAUCUUUAAGCAUUUGAGUGUAGAUCAUACUAGAUCAAGAUUUAAUGGAGCUGUCUGCCUUUGGGGAACUGCACAUUCAUUGGGCAGAAUCAUGCAUUUCGGGCUAUCUUUUACUAAUAUUGUCCAACCUUAUUCUUUCAGAAUUUUCAAGUGAGUUUUUCCCUCUGUCCUGUGAAACUUUGAUGUACCUUGAUGGUUGUGCCUCUUCCCCUCUACAACAAAUGGAUAACAUGCAUAACAAGGAACCAUGUAUGAUAUCAGCAGGUUUUCCCAGGAGGCGGGCAUGGUCUAUAAGAAGUGCUGCAGAUGGCAGUGGACUAGAUUCUUCUCCUACAACCAGCGGUAGCAGUGGAACUCGACUUAUUAGGGCCAUAGAGGCUCUUCUAGUCAAACUAGAUGCGAGAAUUAAGGUGUUGAGAAAAAACCUUCCAAUGAAGUUGCUGUUUUUCUUAGUGGGUUUCUAUUGUGCAACCGCAUUUGCCACUGUAAUAGGGCAGACAGGUGAUUGGGAUAUUAUUUCUUCUGGAUUGGCUGUGGCUGUGGUUGAGGGCAUUGGAGCUCUCAUGUAUAGAUCUAUUCCUUUAAUUGAUGGGGUAAGAAGCAUCAUCACUAUGUUCAAUUACUGGAAAACUGGACUGACUCUUGGUCUAUUCCUCGACUCUUUCAAGUAUUAACGCGGAGAUGAGGAGAGAAGUGUACAUAAAUCAUAAUGCCAUUGAAAUUUCAUAGUUUAUGUUGUGUGUUUUUGUAGGCAAAUUCAUGUUGUCAAGAGGGUAACUAUAGUCUGUUGUACAGUGUCUCCAAUGAUACAACAUAUACGUCACUUGUACAUGGGAGGCACCCCUAGUUUGGUUUCACAUUAAUAAAAUGUAUACAGAAAUAUGGUUUGAUCUUUCAGUUUUAUACUAUCUUGUUUAAUCAA